UCGUGUAAACACCAUUGAAUCUGAAAAAAAAUCAACCGAUUUGGAGUAAUACUAAAAUGCGUUGACUAUCAGCUAGUAUUUCAUAUGAAAUAAUGAUAGUUCUCUUCAAUAAUUUACUCUGAAUUAUUGAAUGAAAACCAUGGAUGACAACGACUCUUUAGUGUACGGAUUGGAAUUUCAGGCUCGUGCUUUGGCCUCUCAGCAAGCAGAGAGCACCGAUGUACGAUUCUUCGUGGCCACGCAAUCUCUCAAACCCAACAACCAGCUGCAUGUGGUUGAUAUCAACGAAGAAUCUUUCACCCUUAAAACAAAAGUAUUUUCUCAUCCCCUGGGGGAGGUAUGGAAGCUGAAUGCCAGUCCCCACGACAGGCGUAUUCUAGCAUCUUGCUACAGUGUGCUUAAAGGCAUCCAAACUGUGAUGCAGACGGCGAUACUCAAACUGCCAGAGCAGUUGGAAUCGCCAGAGGACGAUCGGGAAUUCCUGCAAUUUGCUGACGUAGAUGUUCUCAACACAGAGGGAUACGGUAGCGAAAUCCGAACAACAGAGUUCCACCCAACGGACGCGGCUCUUCUAAGUACGGUGAUUGAUGGCAAGGUACUUCUUUUCAACCGAACCGAAUCAUCCACCAAACUGGUGGCUGAAAUAAAUGCGAAAAAUGCACCGAAGUUCUCGGGUGGCCGAUGGUCGCACUUCAACCAUGGGAAUCAGUUCAUAACAUUGUUCGAUUGCAGCAUCCGAUCGUACGAUGUGAGGGACCCGAAUCAUUGUGCGUGGGUAAUUGAGGAUGCGCACAACCAGCUGGUGCGAGAUUUGGACUGUAAUCCGAACAAACAGUGUCACAUAGUGACCGGCGGAGACGACGGUGUUAUGAAAAUAUGGGAUUUUCGCAACACAAAGGAACAUAUUUUUGCCAGAAGUGAUCAUCACCACUGGAUUUGGAAUGUCCGCUUCAAUACCUACCACGAUCAGCUGUUACUCUCGAGCAGUAGCGAUGGAAAGGUUCUGCUAACAUGCGCCAGCAGUGUCAGCUCGGAAACGCUCGAAGGUGGAGAGGAGAAUACGAAUAGCAAGGAACAUUUAGCGGACGGACUCCUGCAGACGUUCGAUCAGCACGAGGACUCCGUGUAUUGUGUGGAAUGGAGCACCGCAGAUCCGUGGCUGUUUGCGUCACUAAGCUACGACGGACGAGUGAUUGUCUCGAAAAUUCCCAAACAAUAUAAGUAUCAAAUAUUGUUCAAAUAGAAAUACAUUCCGGCUAUUGAAGGCACUAUAAUCACUAUAAGCCACUUUUCUCUAUCUGUACAUUUGAAAUUGCGUUGAGAAAUGAACUCUCUGAGUUUAAAGUCUCUUUAAUUCAAUACCGUGCCGUGAGAAAUAGAAAGUGGUCGUAAAUUAAGGAUUUCACGCCUUCUGACUCUAAUUUAGCACUGUCUUCCACAUAUUCACAUGCGUACCACAUACAGUGACUCAAACUCGAAAUAGUGUACGGUAGAACAGCCAAUCUUUUUUCACUACCUAUAAAGGUCGGAAACAAACUUUCGAAACACCAUUUUGAAGCUUAAACCUUCAGGAAUAUUUUACGAACAUAUUUUUAAUUCGAUAUGUGUAGACGAAGCGGACAAAAAUAUCGGGAAGAAAUAAAAAAUCGAUUUCUUUCUUGGAACUUGUUGUUGAAGGCCAGCUGUUGGAAUAUUUGAAUCGUAAUUCUUUGCUAAUACCAGAACAAUCCGGAUAUUGGGAAGGCCAUUCCUGUGAAACCGCAUUGAACUUGGUGUUAGCAAAAUGGAACGAAAAACUAGAAGGUAAAGACACGAUUGUUGCUGUUUUCUUGGAUCUAAAUGAUUCAAUUCCCAGUCCCGUAGGGAAUAAUCUUGGAGUACCUCAGGGAAGUGUAUUAGGGCCCCUUUUAUUUAUUAUGUACAUCAAUGGGCCUGAUCACGAACGUCACUUCACGGUGAAAACGAAGUGAAUUGUAUACAACGUUAUUACGGCUGCCACCGUGUGUGUAGAAUCCGGAAGAGUUCAUCCGUCGUGACAACUUUGAUGAACUCGGUGUUAUUAUGAAUAUCACGAUACUGUCACGUCACGGGUAAAAACAAGUAUAUUUGUCACUUGUGUUUUAGAUGGUGAAAGCUAGUCACGCGGAAUGGAGUAAGUUUAAUUUCGGAUUUAUUUAGCUUUUUUGCUAACAUUUUGAAUCUUGUCUUGCUCUUUAAGAAAGAAAAGAUAAAAAACAGCAAUUUACCCGCUUGGUGGAAUUUUUAGAACGAAAUCUUGACGUUUCCAGAGAACGUAAAUUUGUAGGAUUCGAUAAAUGCACUAUGGGAUGUAAUAGAGGACUAAUUAUGUAGCUCCCGUAGACCGAUUGAAACAUGGCGAAAGGUCUAAUUUCGAUUGUCCUAAAUGAACAGACAUUUUUUGUUUCUAUUUUAAGGAUUAGACUGACAGAGAGUUACAACCCCAUAAAAUGGCAAUGGAGGCCAGUGGCCCAAAACGAUCAAUAUGAUUGAUUAUGUAUAAUAUUGAUUUGUUGAUAUUUUGAAUGUAAAAUAAUAACUGUAUUGUUUUUCCAACAUUGCAGAACUGGUUUUUGUAAUUCAAACAUUCGCAAUUGGUGGACAAGACCCGAAUCAGGACGAUAGUUACAACCAAUAAGGCCAUUAAUCUUUUAUUUUUACGUAAUAGAUAUUUUCGGCGAUAUUGUUUUGAAGACAUACUUUGAAUGACAGAAUAUUUGAGUUUCAAAUAAGGAAAAAAUGAAUCUAUCAUUGCAAAGCUUUUAAAUUAAUAAUUUUUAAAUAAUUCUCUAGUUCUUUUUCUAUAAUUUUGAUAUCCGUCUCAAGAAAAUCUGAAUCAUUUUCUGCUUUUGGCAAAUUCCUUGAAACUCAUCAGAUGUUUCAUAUGAAAAUUAUGCUUCUGACCGACGCUACUGCCCAGUUUCUGUUUAAAUAAUUAUAUCAAACCACAACCACAAACCGUUUAUCAAAUCACACGAAAAUGGGAACGAUAAGAGGAUUAAACUUCAGAAUCCCAUAUGGGAGUAGCUCAGAUUAUACUGAUCAUGAGAUGGACAAAUUCGGGUUUAUUCUGAGAUAGAGAAGAUAUUAUUAUGCACCAAAAUUGUAGGAACGGUUCUUAAAAAAUGAUUCUAACGUUGACCUACACUAAAUACUUCUCACUAUUCAAACGAGUAAGACAGAGCUGAGUACAAGAGUAUGCGAGAAAUCGAUUGUUAAACUCAUGAUAGUCAUGCUUUAUCUCUAGAUUAAUUUAUAGAAAGAGAAAAAUUACAUUCCCAUAUGUUCAACAACUACAUUAUUCAAGAGCAACCUAGUAUUCCUCCUCAUCAUUGAACCAGCGUUUGAUUCAGCAAUCUAACGCACCAAGCAAAUGAUUCAUGGAAUGAGUCCGAAUAGUUGGCAUUGAAAUCAUCGAGGUAGAAUCGCAAACUUGUCAUUCUAAAACAUACGUUCGUUAUCUACAUAACGUUCAGACGCCCGAAAUUAUGCAACUGACAUGUCUCUUAUAAACUGGAAUGAAUUCUUUCUCUUCACAACGUUUAUUUUUACACGCAACUGUCUGUGACAAUGAUGAUAAACACUAAAAGAUUAAGUGAAGUGUAAGUGACGUGAAAGCGUUUGUGACAGUGAUGUUCGUGAUCAGGUUCAAUGACAUGCGACGAGUUUUACGUUAAUGCGAUAUUUAUCUUUUUGCUGAUGAUACUGUGUUAUUCAUUCCAGCUAAAAAUGUAUAGGAGGCCGUUUUACACUUGAAUUCAGAUUUGCGUUCUUUAAGAUAGUUGAAGCAGUGUUGUAAACGGUCGACAUUUCUCUCAACCAUCACAUACUGCCCUUGCUCAAGAGUUACGGCUCAAUAUGUAUUGCGAAUGUAACCAAGAAUGCAUUGCUCGGUUCUAACAGUCACAUCAGAAAUAAACGCACAGCCGCAAACACGACUAUCAAUUGAACGUUUAUAUGUUUUCUCUUUCUGUCGACCGUACCCAGAAGAGCGAUGAAAAUAUGCUAUUUACAUUCUACCAUUCGUGCUCAUAACCAUCCCUCAAUUCCGGCUAAUAUGACUGUAGUUUUAAUGUCAUUUGACAUUAAAACUGCAGUGGUGUGCAUUCUUUUUCUCCCUUUAUUCUGCAUUCAAGCGUAGCUGCACAUAUACAUCCACCCGCACAUCCAUACACGAUGGAUGGUAUUCAGACGGAUUGCUAUAUCAAAGCAACCGUCGAAUUCUCCCCUAUCAAGUGCGAAUGUGUUGAAUGAACGUUUUCAGCGGUAGCGUUCCCCGUGAACACUGUUGUUUAAUUACGGGGCGAUGGAUAUCUAAUGUAUAGGACGAAAAAAAGCCGAAAUGUCAUGACAUUUUUAGUUCGACGGUUGUUUGACUGUUCAUUUUAUGAUGUUCAUUAAUGACACAGCACAUACGUCUCCAUGAACAGUCAUACGAUGGUGACCAUUAGCAACACUGAGUUGAAGUAUAAGCAAUUGAAAUUGAACAUAAGUAAAACAAAAUACGAGGGUCGUUCAAAAAAUAAGUUUCAGUGCAAGUUAGGAAAAAAACUAGGUGAUUUUCGUAAUCCAUGUUUUAUUUUCUACAUAAUACAUAAUCGCAUAACGUUCGAGGCCUUUUUCAUAGCGUGGCACGUGUUUUUCUAUUCCGAGCGCGAGGUGCGUAGCGUCCAACUUUUUUAAGUACGAAGUAACUGCGUCACGAAUUUCUCUAGUGUUAUCGAAACGUUGACCGCCGAACACCUGUUUAAUCACCAGAAAUAAGUGAUAGUCGGCGAGGUUUGGGGAGCAAGGAGGUUGCUCGAACACAGUCCAUUUUUUUUAAUUGAGUUACGCGAGCAGAAUGGGGCCGCGAGUUAUCGUGGAUGAAGAACACUUUCAAUAAACCUUGCCUUUUGUUCUUAACCGGUUUCUGAGGCACUGAAACUUAUUUUUGAACGAUAUAGUAAUCACGCCAAAUCGAAUAAAUGAAAACGUCUCGAUUGUAAUUGAAGAUGAGACCAUUGAUCGCGUUCGGGAGAUUAAAUAUCUUGGCGUGAUUAUUGAUGAUAAAAUUAAGUUCAGUACUCACAUUGACAAUGUCAUCAAGAAAAUUGCCAAGAACUAUGGAAUCGCGUGUCAACUAAGAAACGAUUUAACUAUUUGCAGUAAAAUACAGCUAUACAAAUCAAUCAUCUCUCCUCAUCUGGACUUUUGCUCUUCCAUUUUGUUUUUGGCCAAUGAAACACAAAUAUCGAGAUUACAGCGCUUGCAGAAUAAAAUAAUGCGUUUGAUUUUACAAUGCAACGGGUUCACUUCCUCAUAUUUGAUGCUGGACGCUUUGCAUUGUUUAUUCAACUAUGGUGUUCAUUUAACAGUUUGCUGCCUCGAUAUUUGUGUGAUCGAGUUGAAGGAGGAAGUGACUUUCAUAGAUAUAAUACUAGAAACGCGGAUGAAAUAAGAACACCACAUUUCUUAACAUGUGCUUCACAAAAUUCGCUAUAUAUUAAAGGAGUAAUGUUUUCGACUCGAUGCAAACACAUAUUAAACGUACAACACUAGCAGAACUUAAGAGAAACUUUAUUUCACACGUUAAGGCUGUAUUUUGCUAACAGCCAAAAGUUUUUUUUUUAUUGACAAAGAUUUUGACUUUUGACGAAGUUUUAUAUGAACGGAUAUCUUAAUGUCAACAGUUUUUUUUUUUGCUUUUUGUUGUUGUUUUUAUUAUUUUCAAUGUAUGACCUGAUGAAGUUUUUUUAACAAAUUCAAAACGUUCAAAAUUGUCUAAACAAUAUAAUUAUAUUGUUUAGUCAUUAUGUGUAGUGCAUAAUGACCAGUGAUAGCAUCUGGUGUUCGACUGACUGUCGAGGGUGGGCGAGGAUGAGGGGACAAGUCAAACAAACUAAUAACGAAAAGGAAGAACACAAAAGCAUUACAUUUUUAUCUGAGACAUUUUUAUAUUAGACUCUUUUACAAACACAUAGAUCGACUGCAUAUAGCAGAUGUCGCGAGUCCUCAACACAUCUCUGAUAGGAACAUAGGGUUGUCUUUCUUGAGCCUCAAGGGUAUCCAAAAAGUUCUGUUCUGUCCUUGUUUUCGAGGAGACUUUAACCCAAGGGUCAUUCGGCUCUGUAUCCAAAAGGUACUCUGGCUGUGUAAUUAUCCGUACAUUGCCAAACUGCGUGAUCGAUGUCAUCAUAACAAUUUCCACACCGACAGACAUUGCUUUGGACAAGAUUUAUUCUGUGGUGAUGCACAUCUAGCGAAUAGUGGUUGAACAUAAGUCUACUCAUUACGCGAGUGAAGUCACGACUUACGUCCAAACCUUUGACUCACCCUCUCAAAGACACAUUUGGUAUGAGUGAAUGUAACCACGGCCCAAGACUUCCAGUGUCCUGAGCUGCUGAGAGAAAGCAGAAAAAGCCAUACUCCAGAAUAGAUAGAAACGUUGUUUUAUAAAGCGUUAUGAGAUCUUCCGGAUGAGCUCUUCACCACAUGCCACAAAUCGAGCGGAGAAAGUUGACCCUAUUUUGAAACUUUUGCUUCAAAUACAUAAUGUGAGUAUUCCAAGUGUCUUUUGAAUCAAACAAGGUAUUUGAAGGUGAUUGGAUAAUGAUUCUGCCCAAAAGCUUAAAUUUCAAUUGGGCUGGAAGCCGCUUUCGAGUAAACACUACCAAUUUCGUUUUCUGCGGCGAGAAUUCAAUUUCUAAAUUCCUUGCCAAAGAAGACAAGUUGUCUAAGUAUUUUUGCAAUGGUCUAUGCAAGUUUUCGGCUUGUGGACCCUUCACAGAACAAAACAACUGUCAAUAUCUUUCACAUAAAAAUUAUAAAGAACUUAUACAUGAGCCUUGGGGAAGACCCAUAUAACUAUUUCUGGAAGUUACCAGUUGGCCUUCAUAAAAUCAUUAUCAGACACAAUUUUGUUUCACCUCAAGGCAAUGUUGCCACUUUUGCAUAUAUCGAUUGGGUUUGAAUCGGAUGAAUCGGAUGAAUCGUGCUAAUUUCAAAUUUGAUCGUGUUCCGGAAUAAGGGUGAAAAUUAUUUGGGCCUCAAAUGAAAAAUUCUCGAUUUUUAUUGCGAUAGCUUAUAGUGAGUAAUAUAUGUGAUAUUUUAAUUGAUGCUCCUCUUCCAGACGAUCAUCUAGAACUUGAACUCCUUGUACUUCUUAGUCUGCUUGCUAGUUGUGUCCGUCUGCUGUCGUUUCCGCUUCGAUUUCUGUCUUGCCACGUGCUCGGCCAACAUAUCGGAGAGAUCCUCUUUCUGCAAGUGACUCUGCUGUUCGCGCAUCUGCUGCUCGUAGCGCUGUGCCAUCGCAUCGUUGUCCAUAUCCAGCUCGGAUGGAUCCAGUGCCAGCUCAACCAUACCUUCGCGAUCGAUUGCUCCUCCGCGAGCGCCUCGUGGACCUCCAGUGGCACCAGCAGCAGUUGCCGCUGCUAAAUCGUACACGUGGGUAGAUCCCAUCAUCGAUGCACCGAUGCGUUCGUUGCGCUUUUCCUGCAGCACUUGGUACAAAACUGGAGUCUCAUUGUCCUCCAUCUCGCUUUCGAUCUUCUUUUUGCGCAGUUCGAUCGUGUCCGGUGUUUCCAUACCCGCCGGUACACCACUCGUCAGACCGGAAGGCGUAACCAAACCCUCCGCCGGUGUGAUCAGUCCACUCUCAUCCGCAGGAGCACCCAGAUCCUCGCCAUCUUCUUCCUCUUCCUCGGAUGAUUCUUCCGAUUCCGAUUCGAGCUCACCCCACUGCGUACGAUCGAUGUCUUCCUCUCCAAGGCCAUUCUAAAAACAAAGGAAUAUAGUUUAUCUAGUUUUUCAAUUGACGAUUAAAAACUUACAUCUAGCUCGGUUGCGCUCAUUCCGAACACAUCACCAUACAAAGGUUUGCCAUUUUCGUCCACAGGUGGUUUACCCCAACCGCCAGCGUGAUAACCAAAUGAACACCCUUCCGGAAUUGGAGCAUUCAAGCCGGGAAUCCUCAGAUUGGGGUAGCUGGGUGGUGGUCCAUAACGUUGCUGGGCAAUCAACCACGGCGGAGGAAUUUUGUGACAGGCGGGCCCAAUCGGCAUACCAAGAGCCACUCUCAGUUCCUCAGAUAAGUCCCCGGGUUUCUUUUCCUUCAGCCGAGUUUCGAAUUCUUUACCCUCGUAAUACAAAUCGCCAUGGAUGGUCAUGCGAGGCUUUGUUUGCCAUCUG